UUGCGAAGUGUCGGCUUCGGCUUUUCUCUCCGCUUGUAAGAAGAAACCGGUCUUUCCCCACCCUUGGCUGCGGGAGCUUGGUCUUCUAGGAGCUCCCAGAGACGGGGGCCUUGAGCAAAAGAAAUGGCCUUUGUGUCCAGCCGAGAGUCCUGUCUCUAACCUUGACCAGUCUGGUUUCUGUGGCUCGGGGUCAGGGGCGAUGGUGCGCAAUCCAGGUAAACCCUGGUUCUCUUCGGGACCCUUGAAAUCUCCCGUUGGUCAACCAAGCUCUUUUGGCUUGAGGGACAAGACCAACUUUGACCACUGCAACGUUUUUGACCUCUGUUCCGACUUAAGUUUCGCUUGUGGUAGAGAGAAGGAGCGGCUGCGUUUGGACUAGUUAUAGGUUGCAUAGUAAUGAAGGUGUCCUUCAGAAGAUCUCAGAGAGCAGAGAAACGGAUUCGAUCAGUGUAACCCAGCUUACCUGGAGCGAGAUCCCGCUGAGUUGGAAUGAUAAUGACAGGAUCUGGGGAAGUUAUAGACCUAGACCCUCCCUCGGAGACUUCACCAGAGCAAGAAGACCUUCUGAUAGUGAAGGUGGAAGAAGAAGAUUGCACCUGGAUGCAGGAGUACAGUCCGCCGGCGUUCGAGACUUUUUACCAGCGCUUCAAGCACUUCCAGUACCACGAGGCGUCAGGCCCCCGGGAGGCCCUCAGCCAGCUCCGGGUGCUCUGCUGUGAGUGGCUGCGGCCAGAGCUACACACCAAGGAGCAGAUCCUGGAGCUACUGGUGCUCGAGCAGUUCCUGACCAUCCUGCCUGAAGAGUUCCAGACCUGGGUGAGAGAGCAUCACCCGGAAAGCGGAGAGGAGGCUGUGGCCGUGGUAGAAAAUAUACAGAGAGAACUAGAGGAACGUCAGCAACAGAUUGUGGCGUGUCCUGAAGGGCUUCCUCCGAAGAGCGUGCCACCUGGAGCCAGGCCUGAGUCCUUCAGUCACCAGCUUCUGCCUUUGGAUCCCCAGGCCGAACACGAGCCCCAGAGGCCUCAUCUUCUGGAGGAAGACGCGCUUCCUGCUCUCCAAGUUUCCUCCCUUCCCCUGAAGGACAGCCAGGAGCUGACAGCCUCGCUCCUCUCCACUGGGUCCCAGAAGUUGGUGAAAAUUGAAGAUGUGGCGGAUGUGGCUGUGUCCUUCAUCCUGGAAGAAUGGGGACAUUUGGACCAGUCCCAGAAGUCCCUCUAUAGGGGUGACCGGAAGGAGAAUUAUGGGAGUAUGACUUCCACGGAUUAUGAGUCCAGAAACGACAACGUGGAACUCACAGUAAAGCAGAUUUCUGAUGAAGCUGAAUCAUCCUGGAUGACUUCAGGAGGCCCUGAAAGAAUUGUUCCCCUGAGUCAAGAGUUUGGAGAAGUUAGCGACCUUCACAGCAUGGUAGAACGGUGGCAGGUCCACCCGCCAGUGGGGAGAUCAAGGCAGACCCCUCCCCAGAAGAGAGAGCUCAGGGCCAUCACCGACGUGACCCGGAAGCCACCCACCAGCGGCGAGAGGGGGCACAGGUGUAAUGACUGUGGGAAGUUCUUCCUUCAGGCUUCCAACUUCAUCCAGCACCGGCGAAUCCACACGGGCGAGAAGCCCUUCAAAUGUGGCGAGUGCGGGAAGAGCUACAACCAGCGUGUGCACCUCACCCAGCACCAGCGUGUCCACACCGGCGAGAAGCCCUACACGUGCCAGGUGUGCGGCAAGGCCUUCCGUGUCAGCUCCCACCUGGUCCAGCAUCACAGCGUGCACAGCGGCGAGCGGCCCUACGGCUGCCCUGAGUGCGGGAAGAGCUUCGGGCGCCACUCGCACCUGAUCGAGCACCUCAAGCGCCACUUCAGAGAGAAAUCCCAAAGAUGCGGCAAUAGAAGAAGUAAGAAUACAAAACUGAAUGUUAAGAAGAAAAUUUCAGAGUUUUCAGAAGCGGACAUGGAACCUACAGGUAGACUCCAAAGAAAUGUGUCUCCAGUUCAAGAUUUUGGAGAAGGCCACGAGCACCAGGGCAAGUUGGAGAGAAAGCAGGGAAUGCCCAUCAAAGAGAUACUAGGACAGCCCUCUUCAAAGAGGAUGAAUUUCAGCGAAGUCACCUACGCCCACAAAAAGCCCUCCACUGGAGAGAGACCCCAUAAAUGUAACGAAUGCGGGAAGAGCUUUAUUCAGAGCGCACAUCUUAUCCAGCAUCAGCGAAUACACACCGGGGAGAAACCAUUUAGGUGUGACGAGUGUGGGAAAAGCUACAAUCAGCGUGUGCACCUGACUCAGCAUCAGCGAGUCCACACUGGGGAGAAGCCCUACACCUGCCCCUUGUGUGGGAAAGCCUUUAGAGUGAGGUCCCACCUGGUUCAGCAUCAGAGUGUGCACAGCGGGGAGAGGCCCUUUAAGUGUAAUGAGUGUGGGAAAGGCUUUGGGAGACGUUCACACCUUGCUGGGCAUCUGAGGCUCCACUCGAGAGAGAAGUCCCACCAGUGUCAUGAAUGCGGAGAAGUCUUUUUUCAGUACGUUAGCCUCAUUGAACACCAGGUGCUCCACAUGGGCCAGAGAAAUGAACAGAAUGGUGUUUGCGAGGAAGCAUACAGCUGGAACUUAACGGUGAUCGAAGAUAAGAAGCUUGAGUUGCAAGAGCAGCCUUAUAAGUGCGACGUGUGUGGCAAAGCCUUUCAUUAUAGUUCAGACCUCAUUCAGCAUUACAGAACUCAUACUGCAGAGAAAACCUAUAAAUGUGAUCUGUGUGGAGAAAGCAUUGGCAAGUGUCCCCACAUCAAACAACAUCCUAAAAGCUAUUCCAGCCUGAAAGCCCAUCAGUGUAAUGAAUGUGGCAGAGGCUUCACUCUGCAGUCACAUCUCAAUCAACAUCAGAGGAUCCACACUGGUGAGAAACCCUUUCAGUGUAAAGAAUGCGGCAUGAGUUUCAGUUGGAGUUGUAGCCUCUUUAAACAUCUGAGAAGUCACGAGAGGACAGAUCCCAUAAAGACCUGAAGUGUCUAGAGGUUCCUAUCAUAGAACAGCUCUUACACAAUUUUAGAGACGCCUUCCUGAAGAGUAACCCUAUUCCUAUAACGAAUGUAGUCACAACCUCAAGCAUCUUCUUCAGCAUAGCCAUCAAACCUACAGAUAUGUUGAGAUCCUUCAGUUAGAACUUAGGACACUGGAACAUCCACAGCAAGUACACAUCUGCUUUCCCAUUGGGAAAUGCUUUCGCUUACAUGUUCAUGUGCGAGAGUCUAGAUGGAAGAGAACGAUAUGGUGGGUGGGGGGAAGCCCUCAGAAGGCACUCAUUCUUCACGUGAAUCUCAGAACAUUGACACUGGGAGAAGCCUCAUGAACUCAGUAGAAAUAAGCUUCAUUUGUAGUUUCUGCCUUGUUUGACAGCUAAUCUGUUCAGGGGAGAGCACGGUGAAAGAGAAAUUUAAGCAUGAUCUUGGUGUUGGUAUCUCAGUGACAAACUUUAGCGGUAAUGCCAGCCACUGGAAUGCUCCAGGUGUCAUUCUCAUGUUGAGUAUUUUAAAACCUUUGAAAAGAAAUUGAUUUUUAAAGUAUUUAUAUCUGGGCAAAAACGAGGUUCAGAGGCUAGAUGGUAUGUGUUCUUACUGCCUUAUUCAGUCAACAGCUUCUCCAUGAAACACACUCUACCUUUUUGUUUUGUCUUUGAUUCUCCUGGCACCACGAUUAGCUAGUAGAAAAGAAGUUAUGUUUGUACAUUCAGGAGAAGCUGUGUUGAUCUGUCUCGUCUUAGGGAGAGGGGAGUGGGACCUUUGGGUAAUAGAGCUGAUAGGCCAGGCUGUGGACUGUUUUUUGUUGUUACCACGCAAAUGAGGGUGGCUUUAUCCACAGGAGUUGGGCCAAAUUGAAUUGAGAAUUGAGUUGUGGUCCAAGCAGUAUGUGCGCUAACUCCCAGUUGCCCUGAAAUGGAUCUCCCCCAUAGGACAGUGGAUAAAGAAUGAGUUUCAACUUGGGUUGCCACUGGAUUUGAAAGGAAACAUUCAUAGAAGCAGGGAGGUCCUGGUCUGGUGCGCCCUGCCUUUCGGAAAGGUCUCAGAAGGAGUGGUGGGGAAAGAUGAUGACAUGGAGGAGGGUUAACCGGAACCUGUUUGCUGGAGAGAUGGUGAGAGGCUUUUGGGCACUGCUGAAGUCCUGCUUCUGCUGAUGGCCUGAAUUACAAUAAACACCUAAUGAA